UCGCUUUUUUAAAUUUGUAGCCAAACCAUUUACACAACUGGUGAAGGAGAUGCAACUUCAUCGAGAAGACUUCGAAAUAAUUAAAGUGAUCGGAAGAGGGGCUUUUGGAGAGGUUGCUGUUGUCAAAAUGAAGAACACUGAACGGAUCUAUGCCAUGAAAAUCCUCAACAAGUGGGAAAUGCUUAAAAGAGCAGAGACUGCUUGUUUCCGAGAAGAACGUGAUGUGCUGGUGAACGGGGACUGCCAGUGGAUCACGACGCUGCACUACGCCUUUCAGGACGAGAACUACCUGUACUUAGUCAUGGAUUACUAUGUGGGAGGUGAUUUACUGACCCUGCUCAGUAAAUUUGAAGACAAGCUUCCAGAAGAUAUGGCAAGAUUCUACAUUGGUGAAAUGGUGUUGGCCAUCGAUUCCAUCCAUCAGCUUCACUAUGUGCACAGAGACAUUAAACCUGACAAUGUCCUUUUGGACGUGAAUGGUCAUAUUCGCCUGGCUGACUUUGGAUCAUGCUUGAAGAUGAAUGACGAUGGAACUGUCCAGUCCUCUGUGGCCGUGGGCACUCCUGACUACAUCUCACCUGAGAUCCUGCAGGCGAUGGAGGACGGCAUGGGCAAGUACGGCCCUGAGUGUGACUGGUGGUCGCUGGGUGUCUGCAUGUACGAGAUGCUGUACGGAGAAACGCCCUUCUAUGCAGAGUCACUCGUGGAGACCUAUGGAAAGAUCAUGAACCACGAAGAGCGAUUUCAGUUUCCGUCCCAUGUCACCGACGUGUCUGAAGAAGCCAAAGACCUCAUUCAGAGACUCAUCUGCAGCAGAGAGCGCCGGCUGGGACAGAACGGGAUAGAGGACUUCAAAAAGCACGCGUUCUUUGAAGGUCUGAAUUGGGAAAACAUACGGAACCUGGAAGCACCUUAUAUUCCUGAUGUGAGCAGCCCUUCUGACACCUCCAACUUUGAUGUGGAUGACGACAUGCUAAGAAAUAUUGAAAUAUUACCUCCUGGUUCUCAUACAGGCUUCUCUGGGCUACAUUUGCCAUUCAUCGGUUUUACUUUCACAACGGAAAGCUGCUUUUCCGACCGAGGCUCUCUGAAGAGCAUAAUGCAGUCCAGCACCUUGACCAAAGACGAGGGUGUGCAGCGGGACCUGGAGAACAGCCUGCAGGUGGAAGCCUAUGAGCGGCGGAUCCGGAGGCUGGAGCAGGAGAAGCUGGAGCUGAGCCGGAAGCUGCAGGAGUCCACCCAGACCGUGCAGUCGCUGCACGGCUCUGCCCGCGCCCUGGGUGGCGCGGCCCGGGACAAAGAAAUCAAAAAGCUCAAUGAGGAGAUCGAGCGUCUGAAGAAUAAAAUAGCAGAUUCAAACAGGCUUGAGCGGCAGCUGGAGGACACGGUGACGCUUCGCCAAGAACACGAGGACUCCACACAUCGGCUGAAAGGCCUGGAAAAGCAGUACCGUGUGGUGCGGCAGGAGAAGGAGGAUUUUCACAAGCAAUUGGUUGAAGCUUCAGAGCGAUUGAAAUCCCAGGCCAGAGAACUCAAAGAUGCCCACCAGCAGCGAAAGCUGGCCUUGCAGGAGUUCUCGGAGCUCAACGAGCGCAUGGCAGAGCUCCGCUCCCAGAAGCAGAAGGUGUCCCGGCAGCUCCGCGACAAAGAGGAGGAGGCGGAGGUGGCCAUGCAGAAGAUCGACUCCAUGCGGCAGGAAAUGCGCAAGUCUGAGAAGUUCAGGAAAGAGCUGGAAGCUCGGCUGGAGGAUGCCAUUGCUGAGGCCUCCAGGGAGCGCAAGCUUCGUGAACACAGCGAGAACUUCUCCAAGCAAGUGGAAAGUGAGCUUGAGGCCCUGAAGAUGAAGCAAGGAGGCCGGGGACCGGGGGCCACCUUAGAACAUCAGCAGGAGAUUUCCAAAAUCAAAUCUGAGCUUGAGAAGAAAGUCCUGUUUUAUGAAGAGGAAUUGGUCAGGCGUGAGGCCUCCCAUGUGCUGGAAGUCAAAAACGUGAAGAAGGAGGUGCACGAUUCGGAGAGCCACCAGCUGGCCCUGCAAAAAGAAGUUCUUAUGUUAAAAGACAAAUUGGAGAAGUCAAAGCGAGAGCGGCACACAGAAAUGGAGGAGGCGGUAGGCACAGUAAGAGAUAAGUAUGAGCGCGAGAGAGCCUUGCUGCUGGAGGAGAACAAGAAGCUCACGGCUGAGAACGAGAGGCUUUGUUCCUUUGUGGAUAAACUCACAGCUCAAAAUAGACAGCUGGAGGAUGAGCUGCAGGACCUGGCAGCCAAGAAGGAGUCGGUUGCCCACUGGGAAGCUCAGAUUGCAGAGAUCAUUCAGUGGGUCAGCGACGAGAAAGAUGCCCGAGGUUAUCUUCAGGCCCUUGCUUCGAAGAUGACCGAAGAGCUUGAGACUCUGAGGAGCUCCAGUCUGGGGUCAAGAGCACUGGAUCCCCUUUGGAAAGUUCGCCGGAGUCAGAAGCUAGACAUGUCCGCACGGCUAGAACUGCAGUCUGCUCUUGAGGCAGAGAUCCGGGCCAAACAGCUUGUUCAAGAGGAGCUGAGGAAAGUCAAAGACACGAAUCUCUCCUUUGAAAGUAAACUAAAGGAUUCCGAAGCCAAAAAUAGAGAAUUAUUAGAAGAAAUGGAAAUUUUGAAGAAAAGGAUGGAAGAAAAAUUUAGAGCAGAUACUGGACUCAAACUUGCAGAUUUUCAGGAUUCUAUUUUUGAGUAUUUCAACACUGCACCUCUUGCACACGAUCUGACGUUUCGAGUCGGCUCAGCUGGGGAGCAAGAAACACAGGCUCCGAAGCCAGAGGUGUCCCCAUCGGUUUCUUUGGCCGCAAGCACAGAACAGCAGGAAGACAUGGCUCGGGCCAUGCAGAGGCCACCCACUGUGCCGCUGCCCACCACGCAGCCCCUCGCUCUGGCCGGACCAAAGCCAAAAGCUCACCAGUUCAGCAUCAAGUCCUUCUCCAGCCCAACACAGUGCAGCCACUGCACAUCCCUGAUGGUGGGGCUGAUCCGGCAGGGCUACGCCUGCGAGGUGUGCUCGUUUGCUUGCCAUGUGUCCUGCAAAGAGAGCGCUCCCCAGGUGUGCCCCAUCCCUCCUGAGCAGUCCAAGCGGCCUCUGGGCGUGGACGUGCAGAGGGGCAUAGGAACAGCUUACAAGGGCUACGUCAAGGUCCCGAAGCCCACUGGGGUGAAGAAAGGAUGGCAGCGGGCUUACGCAGUAGUCUGUGACUGCAAGCUGUUUCUGUAUGACCUGCCCGAAGGAAAAUCCACCCAGCCUGGUGUUGUCGCCAGCCAGGUCCUGGACCUCAGAGAUGAGGAGUUCUCAGUGAGCUCAGUCCUGGCCUCAGACGUCAUACAUGCUUCCCGCCGAGACAUCCCGUGUAUCUUCAGGGUGACAGCCUCUCUCUUAGGGACACCUUCUAAGACCAGCUCACUGCUCAUUCUGACAGAAAAUGAGAACGAAAAGAGGAAGUGGGUUGGUAUUCUAGAAGGACUGCAGUCAAUCCUCCACAAGAACCGCUUGAGGAACCAGGUCGUGCAUGUCCCGCAGGAGGCCUACGACAGCACUCUGCCUCUCAUCAAGGCCGUCCUGAGCGCCGCCGUCCUGGAUGGAGAUAGGAUCGUGGUUGGCCUGGAAGAAGGGCUCUAUGUCAUAGAGGUGACCCGCGAUGUGAUCGUCCGUGUUGCCGACUACAAGAAAGUCUACCAGAUCGAGCUUGCUCCCAAAGAGAAAGUCGCUGUCCUCCUCUGCGGCCGGAAUCACCACGUCCAUCUCUGUCCGUGGUCUGCCUUCGAUGGGGCAGAAAGUAAUGUCGACAUCAAGCUUCCAGAAACAAAAGGCUGCCAGCUCAUAGCGACCGCAACACUGAAGAAGAGCUCCUCCACCUGCCUGUUUGCGGCUGUGAAACGGCUGGUCCUUUGCUAUGAGGUCCAGAGAACUAGGCCUUUCCACAGGAAGGUCAAUGAAAUUGUGGCCCCUGGCACUGUGCAGUGGAUGGCCGUGCUCAAGGACAAGCUCUGUGUUGGCUACCCUUCUGGGUUCUCUCUGCUGAGCCCCCAGGGGGACGGGCAGGCUCUAACCCUGGUAAAUCCCAAUGACCCCUCGCUUACGUUCCUCUCACAGCAGUCUUUUGAUGCCCUUUGUGCUGUGGAGCUCAAAAGCGAGGAGUACCUGCUUUGCUUCAGCCACAUGGGACUGUACGUGGACCCACAAGGUCGGAGGUCACGCAUGCAGGAGCUCAUGUGGCCUGCGGCGCCUGUUGCCUGUAGUUGCAGCCCGUCCCACGUCACGGUGUACAGCGAGUACGGCGUGGACGUGUUCGACGUGCGCACCAUGGAAUGGGUUCAGACCAUCGGCCUGCGCAGGAUCCGGCCGCUCAACGCCGACGGCACCCUCAACCUGCUCAGCUGCGAGCCGCCGCGCUUGAUCUACUUCAAGAGCAAGUUCGCUGGUGAGGCGGCGGCGGCUGCGGCGGGGGGGCGGGGGGGGCCGCGUGGCACCGGCGGGANGGGAAUCAGAAAUUCUUUCCUUUCCCUCAGAGAGAUGCUCAGAGACCCAGAACUGAGAUCCAAAAUGAUAUCCAACCCGACCAACUUCAACCACGUGGCCCACAUGGGCCCGGGUGAUGGAAUGCAGGUGCUCAUGGACUUGCCUCUGAGCGCCGUGCCCCCCUCCCAGGAGGAAAGGCCUGGCCCUGCUCCCCCCGGCCUGUCCCGGCAGCCUCCCCCCAGGAACAAGCCCUACAUCUCGUGGCCCUCAUCAGGUGGGUCAGAGCCCGGAGUGGCUGUGCCUCUUAGGAGUAUGUCCGACCCCGACCAGGACUUCGACAAAGAGCCUGACUCCGAUUCGACCAAACACUCGACUCCAUCAAACAGCUCCAACCCCAGCGGCCCCCCCAGCCCCAACUCACCGCACAGGAGCCAGCUCCCCCUUGAAGGCCUGGAGCAACCAGCCUACGACGCCUGAAGCCACCAGCCUCACCACCAUGGGCUGGGGAGCUGGGCGUGUCCUCCAUUGCCAGUGCCAAGACGGAGCCAACCCCCAGUGUUGUCCAAGGAAAUGCAGACUCAAUUUGUAGAUACGGAGAUAAAAGUCUUCAUUAUAAUAACGAUCAGUUUUAUGCCACAUGGUUGGUGGUGGGCCAGAUCCGCUCACCCGCGCCGCUGUGGGACAGCACCGUUCCGUGUGCACGUAAAGGACCAGCACCCAGCCUCCCCCGCCCGGAACCGGCUGCGAAGGCACGUGGGGCCCUGCGGCCGCCAGCCUCCUCGCCAGCAAGCCCUGCACAGCUCUGCUGGGCCUCCGUGACAAGCCUGUUCCCUGAAACUUCCCUAGGACCUUAGGAGAAUCGUAGGAAGUUGUGUUUCAGUCCCAGUGUCACUAGAAUCUUAAAGACAGGAAAGCGGAGGUGAGUCGGUGGCCUUUCUAUUCACGUAGCCAUUACAGUCAGCUGCAGACCUCCUGCCGACCUUGCAGCCAUGGCCAGAGGCCCCCGGUGAGCGACCCCUGCCCUGGGUCCCGUGUGUGUGCGUGUGUGCCCGGUCACAGCCAUCAAGUGUCACCUGUCUCGCUACUGUGAAGUCCACGCGCUGGCACAGCUGCAGCCGGGCCGGGGGCCUGCCAGGUGACAGGAGGCUGGCACCCCCGGAGCCCCACCGCGGGCGCCAGGACGCCCUGCCCGCCCCGUCCCUGCAUGGAGCCCCGUGAUUAGUGCCCGUAUGCAUCACGUAGACUCGCCCGACACACUCCUGCACAUUGGCUCUGCCCGUGGAUUGACCCCCCCCUUCCUUGCUGCUGUGUUGAGUAAUCAGGUUUGUGGCCUGUUGUGAAAGGCCUGGGAUUAACCGGCCAGCAGACGUCGCUUGUCUUCAGCCCAGGACAGGCUCUCCCUGCUCUCCCGCUGGUCGACAUUCUUGGCGACGCUGUUUAAGACGUGCACUUACCUUGAGUCGGCACUGAGUGACGUGGGCACCACGGCCCGCCUGUGCGUGUCACACACCCAGCACCUGCUGCCCACCCCACCCCACCCCCGGGCCUUCUGCUGGGGCUGGCACCUGCUGGGGGUUCUGGUUUUUACUUUUUUAAUGUAAGUCUGAGUCUUUGUAAUUAUUGAAUCGUGAGAACAUUUUUGAACAAUUUACCUGCCAAUAAAGCAGAAGACAGCAGUUUUAAAGCUC